CAACGAGCCAGAGUACAAGAGUUUGACCCAAAACAGAAGGCGGUGAAUUGCAGUUUUUAGUCCUGGGCCAAUCACACCCUACAAUUCCCACUCCUUGGCGGACAUUUGGGCCACAUAACUUCGCAGCCAGUUCAUGCAACCCAAUCGAGCCGUCACAGCUACACGCCUGCUUCAUCAUGGGCAACGUUGACGUCAUUGCGUACAAUGUUGCUGCUUUCGUCAGCACCCUGUUUCUUCUAGAAUUCGGGGCUGACAAGUUCGUUGAUCAUACGGCCAUUGUCGCAAAGCGGACAGGAAUUCCCGCUACUGUAAUUGCGCUUCUGACGGCUGGUGCGGAGUGGGAAGAGCUUGUCGUGGUCGUCGCAUCUCUUAUCCAGGGCCGCUCAUCCUUGGCAAUGGGAAACAUCGUCGGAUCUGCCAUCUCCAACCUCCUGGGAGCCUUCUCACUCGGCCUCGUAUUCCACAGGGGAGAAGCAGUCCAGUUCGACAACAGCUCGCGGGUAUACUCGAUAAUUCUGCUGCUCCUGACCACGUGUGUCACGCCCCUGGCGUACUUGAAAGGUAAAGGUUUGUGGACAAUCUUUGGGGCCGUGUUGAUUGUCGUCUUUGCCAUUUACCUGGUUUCGAUUGGCUGGGCUAUCAGCAAGGGCAAUCUCACCGCCCCCGAAGACUCCGACUCGGAUAGCGGCGAUGAUGAGAGAAGUGACGGGGAAUCUGCAAGGUCAUCCCUGAGUGACGAACCUCUCCUAGAGGAGCGGCGUCAGAAUGGAGGCUUGCGGUACGAUUCGAUGCCUUCCCAAAGGAACCGGACAUCGUUGACCUACCACGUCUUCCAACUCACUCUCGGCUUCCUGGCAAUCUGCAUCGCCGGUUACGUAUUGUCCCAUGCCGCGACAAACAUAAUCGACGCCAUCGGUGCCUCAGACGUUGUCUUUGGCAUCAUCUUCCUGGCCAUCGCCACCACGCUGCCUGAAAAGUUCGUCGCCGUCAUUAGCAGCCACCGCGGGCAUUCGGGCAUCAUGGUGGCCAAUACUGUCGGAAGCAACAUCUUUCUUUUGUCGCUGUGCCUGGGGGUAAUCAUGGUUGAUACAUCGGGCGAGUUCAACAGCGAGGGUGUUAAUAUUUAUGAGCUUGGUGUUCUGUGGGCGUCGACGCUCUGUUUUACGUUGACGGUGUGGGUUGGUGCCAGAUUCACUCGGUACGUCGGUGGCGUAAUGCUGCUGGGUUAUAUCGCCUUUAUCGUGUUAGAAUUUACCGUCAUUCACAAGUAAGCUCAUGAUGGUUUCUAGAAUCUUGCAUGGGUAGUGGGCGGGUGCCAGUGCUUUUAUGUGUCGCUUUAAUAGACUCACCCUACAACGCAG